UUUCCUUGAGGGAUGGUCUCAUGCCACAAACAUGGCCAUUUUGCAACUGAAAAGUGUGAUUGGGUCACAUGGAAGGCUUUGCUGCUGCAACUGACUAGAGUGAAAGGAAUGGACUUCCCUGUUGAUUUCAUGUGUGGGUGUGUAAAUUGGAGGGGAAAGUAUCCCCAAAUGUGUGACUGACUACUCUUUUCUCUCUAUACAUACACAUAUAAAACCCAGCUCUCAUUCAUUACACUUUUCCUUGGCUGUUUACAUUAUGGAUAUCUACAACAUUGGGCAUCAGAAUGAUAUGCUUUGUACUUUUAUGUUUCCAGACAUUUCCUAGUGAGCACUAAUUGUUAUGGUUCAGAAUCUGCUUAUUUAUUGUUUUCAUCUUUAUAAACAUUUUUUUUCAGAAAUUUUGGAAACACAAUGAGGUUUAUUCUCCCCACUGUGAUCAAGUGUGUAAAAAUGCAGAUAAGCAGAGUCAAUAUCCUGAAAAAUCUAAUGUUUGUAGCUAUAGCCAGAAUUUUGUAUAUUAGAAUUGGUUAGUUCCAUAUCCAAAUGAAGCAAGAGGUCUCUUUUUCAGCAGAUAUUAUAUGUGUGAUUGCUUUAAGCAACACAUUUUGUUUAAUCAAGCUAAGUUAUUUUCAGCACAGUAAAAGAUUUAUAUUGAAUAAGAAAACUGAGACUAACCAUUUAAUAAUAUGGAAAUGUUAAUUUAUUAUUCAUUAAAACAGGAAAAGGAAAUGCCUUUAUUAACCAGUUUAGAGUUCUAAAACCAAUGAAGAUGUCUCUUUUAAGGAAUUAUUUAUGAGAGAACUAUUCAAAAAGUACUUUGGUAACAUUUUAUUUUUGCAUCCCUAUUCAGUGAGUCUCAUUUAAAAUAGGUUGAAUAUUAUGAACAAGCAUGUAAAAGUUUGCUCAUUUUUCUGCCCAAAUUCGUGAUCCAUUUUGUGUUUCCUUUAUUAUGCCCGACUUUAUAAAUGGUUUAGUCUUAAUUUUCAGAGAACAUUUCUUUUAAUAUACCUUUUAGUUUCAUGUACUGGGAUAUUUAUUAAGAUCACCUGGGUUCUCACUUGCACUAGUGCAGAUAAUAAUUCUACAACUUAUUGUUUCAACAGCAAUGUACCUUUUUCUUUGGGGGAGGGGAGGAAGGGAUCUCUUUCCAAAAGCAUUCAGGUCCUUGAGAACCUUGUCUGACCUCGAAGAUUAGAGAGGGAGAGCCAUAUUAGAGGUAAAUAGUGGUGGGGUAACAUGGAUGUGUCUGAUCAGGGAACACAGGUCUAACAUGAAUAGAAAGGCCCAUUUGUCCGAAUUGAUUGAGUGCAGGGAGUCUUAGCUUUUAGACUCUGAUAUAGCACUAUUUUCUUAAAAUUUCAAUUCUUAACUAUAGGGAAGGAGAAGGUUGAGAAGGAAAAGAAAACAAUUCAGAAAAGUUAGUGAAUUACAUUAAAAGUAUUUGUGGGUUUUAUUUUUUCUUUUCUUCUUUUUUGAAAAAAGAAAAAAAAAAGAUGAAACUACAAAGUGAAUAUCCAGUCUUCUGACUUAGGGAAAUCCAGGACAGGUUUGCUCUUUCUCAAUUAUACUUGAGCCUUUCAUUCUUCCUAACAUUGCAUGUCUCUUCUUCCCACUAAUCUUUUGAUCAUGAUUUUCAUCUCAGAAAAGGGAAGGAGUUCCAAGAGGAUCUUGGCAGAGAAAACUGGGUAUGAGGCAGAGAAACAGAUAAAAAGACAAGUUAUUAGAGUCAGUGAAGUGUGUUUGGUGUUAUACCAUCUGCCCUAGUAAAUUAAAAAAGUUGGAAAAGAAGACCCAAUAGGAAGAGUUUAAAGUAAGGGAUCCAAAGAAAUAAAUUGGAAUUUCCCUUAAAAGAGAGAGGGAGGGAAGAAAAGUAGUGGACAAUCUAUUGGGGGAUGGUCAAAAACAAACUGCUUAUUUUAUAUUCUGCCUAAGGCUAGCUGGAUUAGAUUCGUUAUUUGAAUAAAAAUAGAUAUUUCUAAGAUAUUUUUCUUCCUAUGACCAGAAGGAUCUUAAUUUCAAGGGGUUAUGACUUUUAUCUUGUUAAAAAAAAUUCUCUAAAUGUUAAAAGAUGCCUCCUUUCCCCCUCCUUUCCCUUUCUUCUUUCCCCCAUCAAUCAAAAUUUUUUUUUCUUUUAAAAACUAAAAUAGAAUCACCUAAAUAUUCCAAUCAAAGUUAUUUUCAAUGACAUUUCUUUUACUGACCACCUGUAGUGAAAAUGUAUUAAUUUAUACAAGAAUCAUGCUACAUACAACACUACAUUUAGAAGUUUGCAUCAUCAAUCAACUCUAUUUCCCCCAAACUAAAAUUUUCAUCUCAGAAAUGCAUAUGAUGAUUAAUUUAAGGAUGUCAAUAUGCAGUAGCUGAUGAGAAGGUAAGCAAGCACUUUUUAAAAAUUUCAAAUUUACUUUAACUUUUGCACUUAAUAAGAAAAUAAUUAGUUGUUUUAAAUCCAUUUUUUAUCAUUAGCAGGGAUAUAAAUUUUUUAUAUCCUAGAGGCUCUUUGAAAAUCCUUCUUCUAGUGGCCAGUAAACCUUUAACAGGGAGAAUAAGGAGCUGGAAGAGAUGUAAGAUUUCAAGUCAAGUGGCUGGCUUGGAUAUAAAGGAAAGGAACCCAACUGCUACAAUGGAGAUUUAAAGCUUCAGGGGAAAGAGUAAAAUCAUGUGAAAAGCAAUAAAAAGAGAUGGCCAAAUGAUUUAUUUCAUGGAAAGAAUUAUCUGGAUGCUGGAAUCCUAAAUAUAGAAGACCUGAUAUCAUAGAAACAUAGUUUCAGAACUUUCGAAGAACCUUAGAGUUUAUGUGGAUUAGUACCUUCAGUUUAUCAGAUGGGGAAAUAGAUCACAGCAUCUCAGAUCUCACCGGGCAAGGGAACUCAGAGAAACAACAAAUAUGAAAGUUCCCAUCUUUGAGGAUUGCAAAGAUGAAAGCGAAGGAGACAAAUCUGGGGAAGAAGAUGCAGAAGAUGAAGAAGCAAAGGUAUUCCUUAAACCUGUCAUUGAAGACCGAAACAUGGAAUUGGCUAGAAAAUGUACCGAGUUAAUCAGUGAUAUCCAUUAUAGAGGAGAAUAUAAAAAGUCAAAAGACAAGUGUACAUUUGUACCUGACACCCCUCUGCUAAAUCAUGUAAAACAUAUAGGUGCUUUUAUUUCUGAGGCAAAGUACAAAGGCUCUAUGAAGGCUGACCUUUCCAAUUCUCUAUAUAAGCAGAUGCCAGCCACAAUUGACAGUGUCUUUGCAAGAGAAGUUUCACAACUUCAGAGUGAGGUUCUCUACAAACAAAAACAUGAUGCUGCAAAAGGAAUAUCAGAUUAUUCACAUAUGAAAGAACCUCCCGAUGUAAUGCAUGCCAUGGAAACCAGUAAACAUCAAAGUAAUAUUUCUUACAGGAAGGAUACAGAGGACAAUCAUAAAUACAAUGCAGGGAUUGACAGAUCAGACAUCAAGAUGGCAACCCAAGUCUCCAAGAUCAUUAGCAAUGCUGAAUACAGGAAAGGAAAAGGAGAAAUGAAUAAAGAACCAGCUGUAAUCGGAAGGCCGGAUUUUGAGCAUGCUAUGGAAGCUUCUAAACUUUCUAGUCAAGUUAAAUACAGAGAAAAAUUUGAUAAUGAAAUGAAGAAAUACCAAUAUAAUCCUCUUGAAAGUGCCUCUUUUAGGCAAAGUCAAUUUGCAGCUACCCUUGCAAGUGAUGUGCAGUACAAGAAAGAUGCUCAGAUGAUGCAUGAUCCAGUUUCAUAUCUCCCAAGCCUAUUUUUAGACCACGCUUUGAAAACCAGCAAAAUGCUCAGUGAUCGUGAAUAUAAGAAGAUGUUUGAAGAAAGCAAAGGAAGUUAUCAUUUUGAAAUCGACACAGCUGAACACCUCCAUCAUAAAGGCAACACAGAACUCCAGAGUCAGGUUAAGUACAAAGAAGAGUAUGAAAAAGCAAAAGGAAAGUCACUGCUUGAAUUUGUGGACACUCCAUCUUACCAGGCUUCGAAGGAGGCCCAAAAAAUGCAAAGUGAGAAAAUUUAUCGAGAGGAUUUUGAAAAAGCAAUCAAAGGAAGGCCAUCAAUGGAUUUAGACAAGACUCCAGAAUUUUUGCAUGUAAAAUAUGUAACAAAUCUCCUCAAAGAGAAAGAAUAUAGAAAGGAUCUGGAAAAUGAAAUAAAGGGGAAAGGAAUGGAACUUAGUUCAGAGAUUCCUGACAUUCAAAGAGCGAAAAGAGCAUCUGAGAUGGCAAGUGAGAAAGAGUACAAGAAAGAUCUGGAAACUGAAAUUAAAGGUAGAGGAAUGCAAAUUGGCACAGACACCCUUGACAUACAACGAGCCAAAAAAGCUUCUGAAAUCUCAAGCCAGAAAGAAUAUAAAAGAGAUCUGGAGACAGAAAUUAAAGGCAAAGGGAUGCAGGUGGGCACAGACGCUCUUGAUAUCCAAAGAGCUAAGAAAGCAUCUGAAAUGGCAAGCCAGAAAGAAUAUAAGAGAGACCUGGAAAAUGAAAUUAAAGGAAAGGGAAUGCAAGUGAGCAUGGAUAUCCCGGAUAUGCUACGAGCCAAGAGAGCAUCUGAAAUCUACAGCCAGAAAAAAUACAAAAAUGAAGCAGAGAAGAUGCUGACUAACUAUUCAACAGUGGCAGAUACUCCUGAAAUACAGAGAAUAAAGGAAGCCCAAAAAAAUAUCAGCAUGGUGUUUUAUAAGAAAGGAGUAGGAGCUGGCACAGCUGUAAAAGAGACCCCAGAGAUUGAGCGAGUCAAGAAAAAUCAGCAGAAUAUUAGUUCAGUAAAAUAUAAAGAAGAAAUAAAGCAGGCAACAAUUAUUUCAGACCUUCCAGAGCUAAAGAGAGUUAAAGAAAACCAGAAGAACAUCAGCAAUCUCCAAUAUAGAGAACAGAACUACAAAGCUACUCCUGUUUGCAUGACUCCUGAAAUUGAGAGGGUGAAGAGGAACCAAGAGCAUCUCAGCUUGGUGAAAUACAGAGGAGAAAUCAAAUGUGCCACACCCAUUUCUGACCCGCCAGAACUGAAGAGAGUUAAAGAAAACCAAAAGAACAUCAGCAAUGUUCAUUAUAAGGGACAACUAGGCAAAGCAACUGCCAUAAGUGUCACUCCAGAGAUAGAAAGAGUCAAGAGGAAUCAAGAAAAUAUUAGCUCGGUUAAAUACACCCAGGAUCAGAAACACAUGAAAGGUAGACCUAGUUUGCUUGUGGAUACUCCUGGACUGAGGCAUGUUAAAGAAACUCAAAACAAUAUUUCUAUGGUAAAAUAUCAUGAAGACUUUGAGAAGACAAAGGGCAGAGGUUUUACUCCAGUUGUAGAUGACCCGGUAACAGAGAGGGUGAGGAAGAAUACCCAGGUUGUCAGUGAUGCUGCUUACAAAGGUAUACAUCCACAGAUUGUGGAAAUGGAUCGGCGGCCUGGAAUCAUUGUGGACCUUAAAGUUUGGCGUACUGAUCCUGGCUCUAUCUUCGACAUUGAUCCGUUGGAAGACAAUAUUCAAUCUAGGAGUCUACAUAUGCUUUCUGAAAAGGCAAGUCUCUACAGUAGACAUCGAUCUCAUUCAACCAGUACCCUUGGUGUAGGACUAGGGGAUGACAAGUCAGAAAUCUCUGGGACAAACCCUAGCUUUUCCUUCUGCAGUGAGAUAACAAGACCAUCUGAUGAAGGAGGAGCCCCUGUACUUCCUGGGGCCUACCAACAAAGCCAGUCCCAAGGCUACGGGUAUAUGCAUCAAACCAGUGUGUCAUCUAUGAGAUCAAUGCAGCACUCGCCAAAUCUGAGGACCUAUCGUGCGAUGUAUGAUUACAGUGCUCAAGACGAAGAUGAAGUUUCCUUCAGGGAUGGUGACUAUAUUGUCAACGUGCAACCCAUCGAUGAUGGAUGGAUGUACGGCACUGUGCAGAGAACUGGGAAAACUGGAAUGCUUCCAGCCAACUACAUUGAGUUUGUUAACUAAUUCUUUCUCCUCCUUCCCUUUUGAGCUUUAUUCUAAUAUAUUCUAAAAUCUAACCUUUUUAAAAAAGAUGGAAAAUACUUUUAAGACCACUUAUUAGCUAUUUUAUCACUGAGAUAAGUCAGCCCUUAAACUGAAAAAUAGACACACAGGUCCCAGGAAGAAAGAACGGGCUUUCAGCCAAAAGCAGUCAGUCAUUCCAAAACCUAACCAAGUUAACAGUGACUGGAUAUUUGGUGCUGUUAACUGUGUUAAUGAUUUCCUCUGAUUGGCUCUUGAUCCCUUGUGUAAAAUGCACUUUUCUGGUAUUGAAAAGAGGCCUUGCUUCUCCCUCUCAUCAGAAAAGUAAAAGAAACUUCUUAGCUGUCACUCUAGCAUCACGAGAGAUCCAGUCCAUUAACGUAAUAAUAGCACAUCCAGUAAUCUCUGAGCUGUUUAAAUUUAGACUCAUAAGGCAGGUAUCAAAUCAAGUUGUUAUCAUUCAGUUGGGUAUUUUUAAGGACUGGCAGAGAACAGUUUGGUUAAAAUCACAUUGUCUUAUCCAGUAGCCAUAGGGGUAAAGAAAAUUUUGCUCACACAAUAAAAAAGAUUCUCAUAUUCCUCAGCACAAUGGCAUCUGUGGUCUCCAUAUGCAUUCCCAGGUGUACCCCUCUCCUCCACUUAUAUUUGAUAGGCCCAACUGGUUAAGACUCUCUUUCUGCUUUCUAUUAUUUACCCUCUAAAUCUAUUCAGGGAAAGGAAUAUAAUAUUUGCUUGGCCUCAUAAAAUAUCAAGGCCAAAUAACUCUAUAGCUAUUCUGCAAAGACCUAAAUUCAAAUGCUGCUUAUUUUCCUUCCCUAAUCUUCUUUACCUUGAUUACCCCAGGCAGGCUUAAGCUUAUGUACCAUAUGCAGUUUUACUGCAUAGCCCAUAACCAUGUUUAUUCCUGUCAUAACAGCCAAGUUCAUAGCUGAUUAAAAAAACACCCUGUUUGCCAGCUCAUCAGAAAAAAAUGCAUUUUAAAAAGUUGCUUGAGAUUAUUCUGCUGUGCUGCAUUCUAAUUUUGAAGAAGUUACAACCUUAGGAAAUAGAUUUAUAUUCUAGUAAAUAAAUAAUUUAGAUAUUCCUUGAGCAGUUUUCACUUACAUGCUUCUAUAUUAAGGGGAAAAAAGACUAACAGGAUCCAGUUGAAUUUGAAUAAAAUGUAUUGAAAAUUGUAAAAAAAAAAAAAGUUAAUGGAAAGACAGAUUCUGUUUAGCAUAUAAUAAAUGAGUAGUUCUCAUUUGGCGUCUGGCAUGAAAAUUCAGCAACCUAAACUGGUUACAUAAAAAAUUCUCUUUCUACAUUGUAUUAUAUAUCUCCUUUAAAUCUAAAUCUGGAUGGUAUGUGUAUGGGAAAAUAAGAAAUUCAUUAGAGUUUUUCAGCAUAGACACAAUGAGUUGCUCAUUAGCUGAGGAGAGCUCAUGAAGAUUCAUUUUUUUCCCACAGAGAAUGAGUAGAAACUCCCAUCAAAUUAAUCCUACUCUUACCUGAGGGUCACUGUGUCAUGAGUUCAAAAGCUGAAUGGAGGAGAAAAGGUGUGGAUACACACACCCAUAUUAUUUUUUUUUCCUGAUUUUGUAGUUUAUUGUCAUCUGAAGUGAGAUUAUGCACAAAGGACAUCUGGAUUUUUUAUACAAGUGCAGAGCUUUGUUUAAUGCUUCUUUUUUAAACUUUCCAAAUAUUUAGUAAAAUUUACAUUACUUAGAGGGAAUAUUUGUAGCACAGAAUAUAAUGAAAAAGUUAAAGUAACCAUAAGCCUGAAACAAAUGUCUUGCAAAAAAAUCUUGUGGGGCCAAAGCUGUCCAUCAAUACUGUAUACCUUUGAAGAUCUAUUAUUGUCUUACUUUGGGGAGGAGGUGGAACUAAGAAAUCAAUAAGCUAUAUUAUAAUCAAAUUGUGUUUACAUGAUAUCAAUAAGACCUGAAAAGUGAAAAUUUCAGUCAAUCAGGCUUAUUUUGAAUGGGGGUUGGGGUGAUAAUAACAUUAUUUAAUAAUGGAUGUGACUUUUUCUUCAUCAUUGAUUUGGAAAGUUAUUUAACAGAAUCAAUGUAAUCAACUAGUUGUUUUGGGGGGUUAUUAAGGAACAGACUAAGGAAAACCUAAAUAUAUAAUUGAAUCAAAGAAUAUUCUUUGACAAAAACCUAAUUUAAAGGCAAUAAGCCUUUUCACUUCCAUUUGAUUUUUAAGUAAAUUUGUAAGUUUCAAGGCACAAGUUAGGCCAUUUUCUGUGAUAAGGUUAAAAAAAGCAUUUGGUGAUUGCAAUUUCAAAAUAAGCAUAAGAUGGCUAUAAUUUUUACAAACCCCAUAUAUAGAAUGUUCAUGGAAAACUGAGUUUGUGAUAAUUAGAAUCAGGACUACAAAGUAGAAACAAUAUUUUAUAUUUAUUUUGUGGUGUCAAAACUCAAAUUUAGAAAAUCUAUACAUGUCCACAUAGUGUUCUAUUUCUGAACUUCACAUAGUAUCUGUACAUCAAUGAAGAUACUUAUGCUUCAUAUAGUACUAACCAAUAGUAAUUAAUUAAGAGGCAAGCUUCAACACUGAACUAAUUGGCAGUAUUGUAGAUGAGGAACAACAAGAUAAUGUAUACUCUGAAGAUCACAAUUCAUUAUUGUAAUUCAUGGGUUCACAAUCUUGUUUUGUUGCUAAGUAUCUCUGAAAUAGGAGGAACACUAGAAACAUAUCUUGUACCAAAGCACCAUUUCUAUAGUAUCAUGGUUUAAAAAAUAUAUAUAUAUUCUAUGUGUUCUUAUAUGAUUCUUUAUUAUAGGGUGGCAACACCUCCUACCCCAUCCUACUCCAACUUGUUGAAAUCUCUCGCAUAAAGCACUGACAGCAAAAGAUCAAAGUUAAGAAUUAAAAUUUGUUUUGUCAAGUCAAAGGGACUGCACCAUACCAAAAAAACAAAAUAAAAAGGAUGAAUGUCCUUGUCUUUCUAAUUAUGGGAUAUUUGCAAGAGUGCUAAAAGCAGCUAGUCUAGUUUGAUGCAUUUUUAAAGGUUUCCAAGAACAACAAGAAGAACAAACAUUCAAAACUGUGUGUGAAUCAUUUUUCUCUUGAGAGUGAUGUUAAUGAAAAUGUAUUUCUUCUGUUGUAAGGUUUUGUAGUACACAUUUUUACUAAUUCUUAUCUAGGAAAGCUUUCUAUUUUUAACCUGUGGUAAACUGAAUUCUUCUUUGUCAUCUUGUUAUCAUCAACUCUAAUGAGCAGCAUAAUCAGUUUGUGGUGUUGGGAUCCAUAUCUCAUGUCCCAUUGAGCUCAGAACAUACAAAAAGUAUGUAAGCACAAUUCUCAGAACCCAUCUUGUGUAGACCUACUAUUUUAGCAGGUCUUUACUCAACCUCUGUUUUUGUUUUUCUCAUCAAUUAAGUGAAGUGACAAACUUAAAAAAAAAGUGUAUUAUAUUGCUUGUUUUUUUUUUUUUAAACCACAGACUAAAUCUGUCUUCGUUGUGCUUCAAUGCGUUCCAAGGAUUGGGAAAAGUUCCUUCUCAAAGAGGCAAUGGAAUGAUUAAAAUUGCCCCUCUAUUUUAGGCUCAUUCACAUCCACUGAAAUGUUUUAAGUGCAAAGAUAAUUUGUUACCCUUUAAAUGUGUGUUACCUUUUUAAAAGCACACAUGUAUAAAGAUGGAGAGAGAAGAUAAGAUUUUAUUACAUAUUUAAUAAAAUGGGUGCCUUGUUGCUUACUCCCUUUUGUCCACAUGGCCUUUGAAAGAAAACAAGCAAGCUUCUGUUGCCAAUUCUUCAGGAAUGCUCAUAUCAUAUAUGAUUUGUAUUUUUAGGAAGUGGGAAGCUGUCAAGAAAAGAGAGCUAUCUUUGCCAUUCAACCAUAUUAGAAUUAAUAAAUAAUUGCAUUUCACUAUCAGAAGAUUCAAAUUCAUAAAAAUGAAAGAGCAUUUAAAAACUCUUCCAUUUUUUCCCUUGAGAGUUCCUUGGGGAAUCAAAAUAUCUAUAGUUCUUUAUAACACAAAGGUUAAAUUUAGAUCUGGGGAUUUUUAGUAUCUCCCAGACAAAAGAAUUAUGAGGCACAGGCAUUUGACAGAAUUAACACCAGGAGAAGAAAAUUAUUUUGUUAGCUCAUUGUUUAUUCAACUGUUUGCCUCUAAGAAUCUAAAACCUGUAGAAAUAGGUAGACAUAUAAAUGUUGCUAUAUUAUGACUGUCCUGAGUAACAUGAAGUAUGGAAACAAAAAACUUUAGUUAAGUAUUGUCUUAGUAGUAAAAUGUAUUAAUUAGGUUUAAAAUGCUAAACGAAAGUAGUUCUUUGAAGUACUCUAUGCCCCUCAGGGCUCUUUGUAAGCAAUUUCCAGCUACUGGUGAUCUAAAAAGCUAAGACUUUAGAUAAGCUGUAGCAAUUAUUCCAAGAUGCUUUCUACAGGAACCCCACGCCACAAGUCUGAAAGAAGCCUCAGGACCAUCUGCUCUCCCUCAAACUCUGUGAUUCACUUCAAUAUAUUUGUGGGGAUUUCACAUGUUUUUUGUGUCUGAUAUACAAUAUACAGUUUGCAUACUAGACUUAAGUUGUAAUCCAUUUGCGAUUGAGAAUGAAUUGUUUUGGAAGAUGAAAGGAUAUUGCAUGACAAUCAUUACUUGGGUUUUGCACUGGAUGGGUUUCUGGACCAUCAGAAAAUAGCAAUGAAUGUACUGUUGACAUGAUGUAGAAAUUAUAAGUUGUUGGUUUUUGCCAUGUGAUAUUAAAAAAAAUUAGUAAAAAGGAACUGGACAGUUUGGCUUAUAUUUGCUUAAAAGUAUGUAGAAUUUGAGUUUGUUAUGUUGCUUUUUUUUUUUUUCCAAAAACUGUAUCUGCUUAAAAGGUAUGUAGUUAAGAAUAAACGAUGUUUAUUGAAUGGAGGGACUUACAGAAUGAUGUCACAUGUGGACAUAAUUUGGCCUUUGUCAUGCAGAUUGUUAACACCAGCUAUUAAAAUAUAUUUUAGUAGAAAUGCUUUAAUUCACGUUCUUUUCCCUUUACACUGUGAAUCUUAAAACCCUGAUGGACUACAACAUCGUCAUUCUAACCCAAAUAUUAACCUAUGCAAACUAGAUCACGUUUCAUUUGAUGUCACAGUGAAUGUAAUAUGAUAUUUUUUCCCUGCCUAAUAUGCAAUGGCAUUAAAAACAAAUGGUUGAGUCUCA